CCCCUCCGACAGUCAGAAACAUGGCGUUGCGGGAGCUAUCAUCGCUGGAGAAAUAUUUAGGAUUGAAAAAGCCGAACAAGUACAGUACACAGGGGGAUAAAAAGGUACCUGUGUUACAGAAUAAUAAUGGUCCUCCACUGGUUGGGCUGGUGACCAUCGCCAGUCACCUGGUGAAAGAAGCCAAGCGCCCACAGCUGCUGGGAGACUCUGCAGAGAGCAGAGCCGUGGUGCAGCAGUGGCUGGAGUACAGAGUCACCAAGCUAGACGGCUGCACAAAGGAGGACAUCAAAACAAUCCUAAAGGACCUCAACAUCUACCUGCAAGACAAGGUCUACAUGGCUGGCUACCAGUUCACCUUAGCUGAUGCUUUCAUGUACUUUGGAAUCCAUCCGCUCAUAGUGGACUUGGCCAUCCAGGAGAAGGAGCAGUACGUGAACGUGACACGAUGGUUCGACCACAUUCAGCACUACCCCGGCAUCCGACACCACCUCCCUCCAGUAGUUGUGCUCAGGAACAGAAUUUACACCAGCAAACACCACUGAGACCUGACCCCACCUGACCCAGCCUGAUUUAGAACAAGCUCAUCUGUCUUUUGUACCAGACCUGCUCCUGAAAUCCAAGAGUGCUUCGCAUCAUCAUCACAAUUCGAGGACGUUUAGUCACUUCUGUCCAAGAUCAUCUUUUAUUUCUGUUUUUCGUAUAAAGAUUCCUGCCUUUAUGUUUUGUCCCGGUUAUAUACCUGAACUCUGCCUGUUUUUUCUAUUUAAAUGUAUGUUUACCAAGGACAAAAGAGCCUAACACUUUAAGUGUCAGUGUAUGAGGUACUGAAACUUCAUUAAGGGAUUGCUCACUAAUAAAAUUAAGUUCAGUUCAGAUUCUUUUAAA